AGGGACAAGGCGGAAGGAACGAUCAGUUUAAGGAUGGUGGACUUUUGGUGGCGACUGUGGCACCUGCCACUAUUGCUGUAUCUCACAGGACUCCUGCAAUUUGAUCUGUGCAGUGGUCAGAUUCAGGUCCAGAUCCAGGAAGGUCCUCUGUAUAGAGUGAAAGGAUAUCCCAUCUCCAUAUCCUGUAAUGUUACAGGGUUUACAGGCCCAUCUAACCGGGAUUUUCAGUUCAUUCUCAAGAAACCAAAUGUGGAAUUAAAUAUGAUCAGUACCAGUGACCCAGACUUUGCCUACGGAAUGUUCUCCGGUAGAAUAAGAAAUAAAGAGAUGUAUAUUCAAAGGCUGUCAGGAUCUUCAGUUCUCUUGACAAUCAAAAAUUUGCUGGAGAAUGAUGCAGGUGAUUUGCUCUGUGAGACCCUACACACAGGUGGUGCAUAUUACGGAGAUUAUGCUGCAGAAACAAAGCUUAAUGUGAUUGCAGACACCCUGGAGGCAUCAUACUCUGGCUCUCCCUCUCAGAGCUUGUCUGAAGGUGAUCCUCUUCAGCUUGAGUGCCAGGUCUCCAGCCAGACUUUUCAACAUACUCAUCUGUCGGUCACCUGGUUUCUUCAUGGUGAAGAGGAUGAAAUCCCCCGGCCAAUCAUUACUCUGGACAAAGAUCUGACUGUAAAGCCAGGAGCUGGAUUUGAGGAUGGCUAUCGUGCUGGUCUUAUCAGCAUGGAUAAGGUGGAGGACACAACCUACAGACUGAAGAUGCCUCAAGUGCAGCAGUCAGACCAGGGGAAGUUCUUCUGCAAAGCCAUUGAGUGGAUCCAAGACCCAGACCGUUCCUGGACACAGAUUGCCCACAAAACCACCACAGCAUGCGAUGUGGAGAUCAAACGAAUCGUGGCCCCUGAUGCAGGCUCGUUCAGUGUUUAUUUGAAGGCUUCAAAGGGGCCACUACAGGAGGGAGACGCACUGGACAUCCGCUGCGGUGUGAAUGCACAGAACCUUCCUGGUCAUUUCUUCUCGGUGACUUGGCUGAAGAACCAGCAGAAAGUGGCCCAUAUUGGAUCUUCUGGGGUGCUCACUAUGUUUGACAGUUACAAAGAGCGAGAGAAUGCAGCAGAGAUGAGAGCAGUGAAAACCAGUCACACGGACUACCUGCUGACCAUCCGUUCGGCUCGGGCUGAGGACCAGGGCCAAUACCAGUGUGAAGUAUGGCAGGAAAACAUGAAUGAAGAUGGCACCUUCAAAAAAAUACAAAAACAAAUGUCCAGUCCAGAGACUGUGAGCAUCACGGCUAAAGAGAGUGAUCUUGCGGUGGUCAUGGAGAUGAAGGACGCGGUGACUGAGGGAGAUGCACUACGGGUCUCCUGCUCAGUGUCGGGAUUCAAAGGUCCUUUAUCAGUGUCAUGGCAACACAAGAAAGACUCGGGGGCUUCCUUCAGUGAUGUCAUUAGUCUGACCCAUGAGGGAGUGAUGAGAGAUGUUGGGGCAAGGUAUCAGAGCAGAAAUGUUCAAACAUUUCAUUCUCCAGCUGGAAACUUUAUUCUAGAGCUCGGUGCAUCUGCAACAUCUGACAGCGGCGAAUAUAAGUGCAUUGUGUCUGAAUGGACAGUACAGAGCAAUGGCGAGAUGAAGAAAGCCAACACCAAAUCUCAACAAAAAGCCAUAAUAGUUAAUUCUGUUGAAUCUCUAAUGAAGGUGAGCUUGAAAAGUCGUACAACAAAUGUGCCAAUAGAUUCUCCAGUAGAACUGCUAUGCACAGUCAGAGGGCCUAAAGUGUCUUUGGCUGUACGCUGGAUGUUUCAGCCCCGCAAUUCAACCGUUCAAACAAAUAUUUUAUCCAUACGCCACACUGGAGAAAUCACCUGGAGAGCAGAUCAGAGAAACUAUCAGCUGUCCAUUCAACAGCCGUCAGACACUCAUUUCACUCUCAUGGUGCCGAGAGCCAGCAAGCAACAAGAAGGACAGUACCAGUGUCAAGUUGAUGCCUAUCAAAAGGAUGUACAGAAAGCCUUGAAGAACUCCAACCCAUUAGCUGUGAUUGUACACAAACCUGUCAGCAAGAUGAGUCUGUACUACUCACCCACUUCUCGUCUGGAAACCACUGUCAAUACUGAUGUUAAGCUUGAAUGCUCAGUCACGAGGACAACCACAGAUACCUCUCGUUUCACGAUAACAUGGAUGUUUGGGUCCCAGAUGCUGUUAACUAUGGACCUAGAUGCUGUUGUCAAGUUUGGCCCUGCAGCCGGCCUAGAGAUGGACCAGAGGAUCCGUAUGGAAAUAAGACAGAAACAGGACUUCCAGCUGACUAUCCACCAGGUCAGAACAUCUGAUAGUGGGCAAUAUCAUUGUGAGGUGGAAGAGUGGCUUCAGGAUCCUCUUGGUGACUGGUAUUCCCUAAAGAAAAUGUCUGUUUCCAAAGAGCUGGUUGUCAAAGAGAAAGAAAUUAAACUGCAUGUUCAGAAGGAGAACCGAACAUUCAACAUUACCAAUCAUCAGACUGCAUUCACCAUUGACUGUGUCAUUGACUCACAAUCCAGUGAUAAGUCUGUCUUUGAGGUCACCUGGUUCAAGGUUCAGGAGGAAGAAGGACCAGUCUCCAUGUUCACUGCCAGGCGUGACGGUACUUUACACAGUGCAAUUAGCGAUAAAAAUCUUCUGUUUGGCCGACCACUUGCCACACACUAUAAACUGACUGUGCCACAGAGCAACCCCACUGAUAUGGGGCAAUACUACUGUCAGGUUGAGGAGUGGCUUCUAACUGCUAACACCUGGAAGAAAUUUGCUUCAGAUAAAUCUGGAGAGCUCUCCAUCUAUGUUCACACUGAAGGUGAUUCUGAAAAACAGAUAGACCCAUUGGGAAUAACAUUGGCAAUCGCUAUUCCUCUGAUUUGCUUUCUUGUAUUGGUCAUACUAUUGUUGUUGAGAAAGGGCCACAAGAAGAAACCUGAACUGAAGAAGAAGAAAGACUGUCUGUGGGCUGAAAAAAAUGGCCUUACUCUCGUGCCUACUUGCGAUUAGAUUGUUGUUUUAAAAUGCUCAUGAUCAGAUUGCAGUUACUUUUUUAUCAAUUAUAUGAUUACAUACAUUCACACAGUAAUCAUUUCACUUUUAAGAAACUUGGAAAAAUAUUACUGUACAAUAGGCCUAUACGUUUCCUAGUUUUCUGUUGACUGCAAAGUUACAUGCAAAAUCUAAAAAAAGUUACAUGUUACAUUGGCACAUGAGCAAGACAGAUGAAUGUAUUUAAUUUAAAGUCCCUCACAGCUGAAUGACAAUCUAUACUUUCAGUUUAUCUUUUUUUUUUCAUAGCCAAACAGCCUGUUUUACUAUGUUAGAAGCUAUAAAUACUAUUAAUGUAUGAGAAUUAACUUGUGCCUGUAAACAGCAGCUCUGAUAAACCAUGUGUGCAACCACUGCAUAUCACAAACCACUGAAACUGCAGUGCAGGUUAAAGUAGCAGCUAGCUCUGUGCUUUCAGACAAGUACAUUUUUCUUCAGUUGUGCUGCACAACUGAGUGGAUGGCAGCUUACAGUUUUGUUGUAUUUGAUACUCUUAGCUUUGAGAGCAAAAUAAGUUAUGCUAUCAGUGUUGAAGUUUUUUCAGCUCAGUUUCUUUAAAAUUCCACAUAAUGACAAUGCCAGUGAUGGGUGAACUACAACAUCAAGAGAGAAAAUUCGAAAUCUGUUAUUCAAAGUCUAGCUUAAGCCUGAAAAUAAACUACUUUUAGGAUUGAAAUGUUUAAAACACAUUUAAAUAGUCUGACAAUUGCUUCAGAAAUAUUUUAAAUUGUGCUUUAUUAAUUUGUCAGUCUGCAAAUCAAUUAAUCAAGUCUGUGACUGAUAAUGUUAUGCUGGGAUAACAAGAAUUAUUAGGUUUCAAUGUUGACAAAAAAACUUGCCAACCCCUGUAUAGACCUAAGUCAGGGUAGAUAGACGCCAUAUUGAAUUUUACUUUGAUGAAUGAUGGAUGAGGCUGGGAGGAAUAGACUUACAGUCUUUACAAAGUUAUUUUCAUUAUACACUUUUAUACAAUAUAUUUUUUGGACUCUUUCUUAUAUUGUGCUACCCUGACAAGGUCUAUUACAGUAGGUUAUGUCUUUAAAAGGCUUUUAAAAAAUACAAAAAUUCACAUAAUUUUGCAUUUACCAUGUAAUCCACUUAUACACACACCAAACCAACAAAAAAUAGUAAUGCUAGGUUUAUGUUUGUGAUACAUUUUGAGCCUUUGCUUUAGAAAUAUAACUUGUCUGAUCUGCUACCACACAUGAAUGAUGUUUGUAAAGCUGUAGCUGAAUGUUCAUAAUUCUAGAAAUUCUCCCAUAAUGCAAACAGAUUUGAGUCUGUGACUGCUAUAGGGCCUAGACUUCUAUUGACAUCAGAUUUGUACGCCAUGUAAAUACAUUUGCAUAUUUGUACACAAUGUAAAUGAAUUUUCCUUCCAACUUUGAUGUUGGCCCUGUUGUCUUAAUGUUUAUGAAUGUUUGUUCAUGUUAUGUAAUGUUUAAAGUCACAAUGUAAUGGAAGGGAC